AUGCAAGAGCCUAACCAGUCCUUUGUGACCGAAUUCAUCCUUCUGGGAUUCUCCCUGGGUCCCAGGGCCACUCCUCUGCUCUUCUCGGCCUUUCUGGUGAUCUACCUAUUGAUUAUUUUGGGCAACAGCUUGAUUGCUCUCCUCAUCUUCCUGGAUUCACGCCUCCACACCCCCAUGUACUUCUUCAUUGGCAUUCUUUCUAUGUUGGACCUGGGAUAUACAACUACAACUGUGCCCCAGAUGCUGGCACACCUGACCAGUGAAAAGAAGACUAUCUCCUUUGUGCGUUGUGUGGCCCAGAUGUACAUUUUCUUGGUGCUAGGUGUCACUGAGUCCUGGCUCUUCGCCAUCAUGUCUAUAGACAGAUUUGUGGCCAUCUGCCACCCACUCAGGUACAAGGUCAUCAUGAGCCCAGGGCUGUGUGGAGUGAUGGUCACUUUCUGUGCACUCUGGGGUGUUACCUCUGCUCUCAUCUACACCAUCUUUGCCAUGAGAUUACCCUACUGUGGUCCUAACAAAAUCAAUCACUUCUUCUGUGAAGUCCCUGCAGUGUUAAAGCUAGCUUGUGCAGAUACCUCAAUCAAUGACUGGGUAGACUUCGUUCUUGGUUUUAGCGUCAUAUUGAUCCCACUGUCCCUCAUCCUAGUCGUGUAUGUCAAUAUCUUCAUUGCCAUCUUAAAAAUCCGUUCAGCACAGGGACGGCUGAAAGCCUUUUCCACCUGUGCUUCCCACAUCACUGUGGUGACUAUGUUCUGUGUGCCAGCCAUGAUCAUGUACAUGAAACCUGGCUCUAAAGCCACCCCGGAACAAGACAAGAAGCUGGCCCUGUUCUAUAAUAUCGUCUCUGCUUUACUUAACCCUAUCAUCUAUAGCCUCCGGAACAAGGAUGUCAAGACAGCUUUCUUCAAGGUCACAAGCUGGGGCAGAGCUCCAGAAUGA